GUGACUACGACAAGGUGAAGGCGGUGUCCGAAGGCUCCGACUGCCGGUGCAAAUGCCUGGUCAGACCCCUGGGCCGCGGUGCCUGCCAAAGGAUUAACGAAGGCGCUUUCAAAGCGGAGGACUUUUACACGGUGGAAACCAUCACGUCAGGACCCAGCUGCAAGUGUGCGUGCGUGGCCCCCCCCUCGGCGCUCAAUCCUUGCGAGGGGGACUUCAGGCUGAAGAAGCUGCGGGAGGCGGAGAGCAGCGACCUGAAGCUGUCCUCCAUCGUCGAGAUGCUGGAAAGCGCCUUUUACGGCUUAGACCUUCUGAAGCUGCACUCGGUCACGACCAAGCUGGUGGGUCGGGUGGAAAAGCUUGAGGAGGGCAUGUCCAGAAAGUUCACGCAGGAAGGCCAUCAGGCAGGAGCCAGCGUGGAGGAGGCUCCGCAGGAUCCCCACCGCAGGGACAGGGAGAACUGCUCCAGUCUCAUCACCAACAGCCUCGCCGACAUCGAGAGCUCACUGCAGCGGGACGCCGAGGCUGCCUACAUGCACACAGAGGGCAAAUAUGAAGAAAGAUUCCUGAAGGAUGAGACCAUUUCCCAGCAGAUCAACUCUGUCGAGUCCCUCCCGGAGCUGCACCUCUCUCUGGAGGAUGAGAAGCCCAAGCAGCUCUUGCAGAGGAAGCUGCGUGUGAGGAGCCGGCCUCCUUCCAAGCCCACCAUCGUCCGAGGGGUCACCUACUACAAAGCCCAGUCCAGUCCGCGGAGUCGGAGAACGACAUCGAGGAGCAGC